AUGUCAUUACAUCGGCCGUUUCUCUCGAGAACUGCUUUUAAUUUUUGUCUUGGUGGAUGUGGAGUAACCCGCUUCAUCCAUUCGGGGCCGUCACGCUUAUACCCGCGAAGUGUACCAUGGAAAAGUUUGAAGAAUUCUCUUGAAGACGAAGAGGAAGAAACCGCCAAGCCAUGGGAUUACAACAGAACUUCUUCAACUAGUAAAUCUAAAGGUACGGUGGAUUUAUUUUCAGAACCGUUGAAUAAUCCUAGCAAUGGCGUAGAUGGAGAUACUCAUGUUUCUGAAAAUACAUUCCAUGUUCAAAGACCAUUUCAGUCGGAAAACGAUGGCACAACCACAACUGAAAAGGAAAGAUUGAUAUUUACCAAGAUCCUCGAUUCAAUUCUCUACCAACGAGACAGGAAUAAUUCUAAACAACAACGACGAAAAGGUAGCGUUGGAACUUCUUCGGAAGGAUCUACUAAAUCAGUCACAUCCAGUCUUCAAGCUCUUUUUGAAAGUAACGAUAAUCUGGAAAAAUUGGCAUCUUCAGCAUCGACUUCUAGCACAGCUCAUGAAAAUAGCUCUCCAUUAUUUGGUGGCUCUAGACAUCUGCCAAAUGUCAAACUAGAAAUUGCUACUGAAGACGUUCGUAAAAUGCCUCUCUCAUAUGGAUCCUUGAUUCAAAAAGAUGCCGGUGAACGAAAUCAAUCGAAGAGCUUGCAAAUUCAACAACAAGAAAAAGAACGACUAUUAUCGCAUAUUUCACCUGUGCUUGACUAUAUUGACAGUUUGGAAACCGAUCAGGAAGUGGUCGAUUAUUAUGUUAAACACAUUACAGAAAGAUUUACCCCAGAGUCUAUAUCGAAUGGGCUUGGCAGCAACUCAUCAUCAGAAGCUGCCGAUGCCAGUACGUCUCAAAUUACUGCAUCAACUAACUUAACAUCCCCAGUGAAUCCACUAGAACCACCAUUAACUAAAGAGUACCUACCGUUUUAUCUUGUCAAAUGCAUGUCUGUUCUAUGCUCCUCAUUUGACGACCCCUCAGAAGCCAUUUGUCUUUUUGAACUUUCGAAAAGAGUGGGCAUAGAAUUUUACGCCUGUGCAUGCUCAGUAGAUGUAUACAAUGAGAUGCUUCAAAUUCGCUGGGAGUUUUUCCGAGACUUGUAUGCUGUAGAAUCGCUUGUGUCCGAGAUGCACGUCAAUGCUGUCCAAGGCAACAAUCGUACCGUCGACAUUCUUGGCAACAUAUCUAGAGACUCUAUUGAUGCUAAGCAUGGUAUCCUCGGUAUUAAUGGUGUUCCUCUUUGGACAGAAGAAGACGAUGAACGUGUUCGUAAAUUAAACCAGUAUCGACUACGUAUCACGGCAACGCUUGCUUCCCUCGAAGGUUUUACCUUGCCAUUUGUAGCUUGA